AUGGAUCUGUCCGUACCGAGAAUCAAAUAUGAAACAGAAGAUUACUACGAGGAUGAAUUCGAUUUGCUGGACGCAGAUCCUUUACCAGCAAUGAGUCGCAAGAUGUUUUUCGGUAUAAAUAGCUUUAUAGGACUUGAGGAAGCAAUUACAGCAGUCACAACAGAUAGUGAUGAUGACUGUGAAUAUGAUUUGGAGAUAAAUACCACCUGA